UUAUUGAAAGCUCCUACUCUAACAGCAAGGACUUUAUACUUCCCCAAGGCUCAUAAUCAGUAUUUAGGUUCCCUGAUAAACAAAUUAUUUUUCAGUACAGCAGCUCAAGCAAACUCAGAGCACAGAAAUGAAGAAAAGGAAAAAAUAAAUGUGAUAUUUUGCAACAAAGAUGGAGAAGAGAUGCAUAUACAGGUCCCAGUUGGAAUGUCAAUGCUAGAAGCUGCACAUGAGAACAACAUAGAGCUUGAAGGAGCAUGUGAAGGAUCUCUUGCUUGUUCCACCUGUCAUGUGAUCAUGAUGGACGUGGACCAGUAUAACAAAUUAUCUGAGCCAACCGAUGAGGAGAAUGACAUGUUAGAUCUGGCAUUUGGCCUAUCCGAAACAUCUCGUCUAGGUUGUCAAAUUAUCGCCAAACCCGAACUUGAUGGACUUCGUUUAGCCAUACCUGCAGCUACACGGAACUUUGCAGUCGAUGGAUUUAAGCCAAAACCUCAUUAAAUACAUAUUCUUGCGGAUAGAAGAUGAGAAUAAGUCGCUUCCGUAGACUGGCCGUGGCUGAUUAUCUCAAACUGUUUCAACAUUCGAUGUUUUGUUGCCUUUCUGUAUUUUGUAUCGACGGAGAAGGCUGUGCUUCUGAGUAACUACGGGUGUAAUCAGUGCUAUGGUGAAGUAAACGGGAUUUCUCAU